GGCGGUGAAGCUGAGUGCAGCGAGCCAAGAAUGCGCGCAAGGCUCCAGGGCCUCAACCACAGGACCACGAGUCCACGACCGGCGUCGAGGCCGUCUACGCGGACCGUGCAUUUCGGGUGAAGCACCCAUUGCCGGACACAUAACUCUUAGACACAUUGUGCUCCCGAGUCGAUCACUCGGCCUGUGUUCCUAUUUUUCAAUUUUCCGGCGUUUUAGACGCGAACAGCGGUGCGUAGUGACGGUGCCAACUAACAACUACCGGCCUAUUCAUUAUUCACUCAUUGCCACUGUCCCUGCCGCUGCCGCUGGCCCCGUCGACCUUGACGUGAACCACUUCAAUCUUGCGCCAGAACGGCUUGUCGACUCGGCUCGGCUUCGGACAAGCAACGAACGAACCAUUGUGCUUCACUCCCGAUUUGUUGUCGACCACUUUUUGGAUCAUGGUUGUUCGCCGCCGCUAGCCUGCGCCAUGUCUGCAGUUUCCCUCGACGUGCCGCGACCCGGUCAGUUCGGCCGAGCCAAGAGCGCAGCCCAGGUCCCGCGGACCGCCGCUCUUGCAAUGUCGGCUGCGUCGUCUCCUGCACGCCAUCCCGGCUCCUUCUCGCGCCAGACGACCCAGGCGGUAUCGCAACUACAGGCCCAGUACGCCGAGGCAUCGGCGUCUGCAUCGGCGGCGCAUCAAAACGGUCCCAUGCGCUCCGCGUCUCCCGCCUUCGCUCCCCCGAAGCCCGGGCCGCCGCUUCCCAACGGGAGGCAAAGGGCCGCAUCGCCUGGUCCUUCCUCGCGACGACCCUCGAGCGCGCCGGGAGACAGAGAGGUUAUUUCCGACAGCGGACAUACCGACGAGAGCGACCACGUCGCCGUCGCGCGACCCGCUAAACCGCCACUGCUCCGCUCCAAGAGCGAGCACGCCGUGCGCCACGAUGCGACCGGUUCCGAUCCCGAUGAGGAAUACUACGACUUGGGUGCUCGGCAUGGCUUUGAGGAUCAUUAUCUGUCCGAGGACAUCAUCGCCCAGCUUGCGAACAACUGGUACAUGUAUUUCACCGACAAGCGGCACGAAACAACAGGCAAGCCGAAGACGCCUGCGUUUGAACUUCAGGACUGGCGAAUGCGUGAUCGACUUAAGACGGUCUCAGCAGCCAUCGCCGUAUGCCUGAACAUCGGUGUUGAGCCCCCUGACCAAUUGCGCACAACGCCCGGCGCAAAGCUCGAGGCCUGGCAAGACCCCACUGUCCCCCCGGUGGGCAAGGCGCUCGAGAAUAUCGGCAAGUCGCUUCAGACGCAGUAUGAGACUUUGGCCUUCCGAACCCGCUACAAGCAGUACCUGGACCCGUCCAUCGAGGAAACCAAGAAAUUCUGCAUAUCUCUGCGCCGGAAUGCGAAGGACGAGCGGGUGCUCUUCCAUUACAAUGGCCACGGAGUCCCGAAGCCGACUGCUUCCGGCGAGAUCUGGGUUUUCAACAAAAACUACACCCAGUACAUUCCCGUGUCGCUAUACGAUCUUCAGCACUGGCUGCAGGCGCCCACCAUCUUUGUGUGGGACUGCUCCGAGGCGGGCAAUAUCCUCAAGAACUACCACAAGUUUGUCGAGAAGCAUGAGCAGGAGGAAGAAGAGCAGACCGUCAGGGAUCCCAACCACGAGAAGCUGAACUACCGCCCUUACAUCCAUCUCGCGGCUUGCGACUCCAAGGAGAACCUCCCGACGAAUCCUCUUCUCCCGGCGGAUCUCUUUACCUGUUGCUUGACCACACCGAUCGAGAUGGCCCUGUGGUUCUUCGUUCUGCAGAAUCCGCUGAAGACCGACAUCACGCCCGAGAGAGCGAGGAAGCUUCCCGGGAAGCUCCAGGAACGACGGACGCCCCUGGGAGAGCUAAAUUGGAUUUUCACGGCCAUUACCGACACCAUCGCCUGGACGACUCUGCCCCGACCUUUAUUCCGGAAGUUCUUCCGUCAGGACCUGAUGGUGGCCGCCCUGUUCCGCAACUUCCUCCUUGCUCAGCGUAUCAUGCCCGUCUACGGCUGCAGACCCCAGUCCUACCCUGAGCUGCCAGAUACCCGCCGGCACCCGCUCUGGGAGAGCUGGGACCUCGCCGUUGACAUGGCAUUAGCGCAGCUCCCCAUGCUGGAGAGGAAGGAAACCGAGGGCAUCCCGUACGAAUACGUCAACUCGACCUUCUUCACCGAACAGCUCACGGCUUUCGAGAUCUACUUGACUAGAGGCGACGCAGUCUCGCAAAAGCCCCCUGAGCAGCUCCCCGUGGUCCUCCAAGUCCUCCUCAGCCAGCAACAUCGGCUCCGGGCCUUGAUCCUUUUGGGCAGAUUCCUUGACCUCGGGCCAUGGGCGGUGCAGCUAGCAUUGAGUAUAGGCAUCUUCCCUUAUGUGCUGAAGCUGCUGCAAUCGGCUGCACAAGAGCUCAAGCCGGUCAUGGUUUUCAUCUGGACCCGUAUCCUCGCCGUUGACAUCUCCUGCCAACAGGACCUGAUCAAGGACAACGGCUACACCUAUUUCGCUGCCAUCAUGAAGCCGCAAGAGACCUUCCCCGUCGUCGGCGUCGUGGUUCUGGACGAGCACAAGGCCAUGUGCGCCUUCAUCCUCGCGAUGCUGUGCAAGGGCUUCAAGCCUGGUCAGAUCGUCUGCAACUCGACCGACAUCAUGACCUACUGCCUGCAUCAUAUUGAGCAUCCCGAGAACCCCCUGCUCCGGCAAUGGUCGUGCCUCUGCAUCAGCCAGCUCUGGCAGAAUCUCGCGGAUGCGAAGUGGCGAGGCAUCCGGGAGAACGCGCAUCACAAGCUCUCCUACCUGAUCAAGGACCCGUGCCCCGAAGUUCGCGCCGCCAUGGCGCACGCCAUGACCACCUUCCUCGGCAUUCCCGAUCUCACCGAUGAGGUGGCCAGAAUCGAAGAGGGCAUCGCCUGGGCCAUGCUUGAGCUCGCCACAGACGGGAGCCCGAUCGUCCGGAAGGAGCUCCUCGUCUUUUUCUCGCAUUUCGUGCUCCGCUACGAGAGCAAGUUCUUGGUCGCAGCCUACGAGCAGCUCUUGGAGGAGAGGGAGUACCAACUCUUCCCCCCGCCAGAGGAUGGCCUGGACCACAAGAUGGGAUUGCACUAUGCGAGGCGCGAGAACCGCGAGAGAGAUGGCACCAUCAAGCCUACUGCGUUCGGUGUGGCGCACGACUCCGUGUUUGCAGCAUGCCUGAAGCACAUCAACAUCUUGAGCGUGGAUCCGCAUCCUGAGGUGCAGAGGGACGCCACCAUCAUCCUGGACUAUAUCCACCACGCACUGCUGCACUCUCCUCUUGGUCCACGGGCGCAGAAUCUCAUGGACGAGAUCCUCCGACGCGCUAGAAAAGUGUCGAGGGGUGACAUGAGCCAAAGGACCAGCGUGGCUGGUACGCGCACUGCAGUGGCUCAGCCGAUGCCAUCGCCAGGCCUCCUGAAGCGGACCGCAAGUUAUCUCUUCGGGCCGCUGGCGCUGAUGGGCGUGCUGGACGGUUCCUCCAGUGCGCCCACCCCUCCGGCUACUCCCGGGUUGCACCGGACAUUCUCUCAACGGAGUCGCAGAGGCCCCGGUCUUGAGGACGCUCCCCCGGAGCAGCACGACCAGGCCGCACCUCCGUCGAACUACCAUAUCGCAAAUGAGCCGCUGUGCGCCGGCUACAAAGAACGCCAGCUGAAGGAAGUGCCCACCCUUCCCUUGGUGAGCACCUUCUUGGACUGGUCGACCGAGUACUUCCGGGAGCCUCAGAUGAAGGCGCCCGAAGCCGAAGAGCCCGGCAGCAACGAAUAUAAUGAACGGCUGUGGCGGCGGGGCCGGAACGAAGCCAUCCUCAGAGAGACGCAGCCGCAGAAAACCCAUGCUAGGACGCACAAGUGGAACAGCCAGGCCGGCGUGAUCAUCACUGGCUCCCAGCCGUCAAAGAUGACUUUCCACCAAUUCGAAAACCACGUCGCUGUGGCGGACGACGGUAACACCGUGACAGUCUGGGAUUGGAAGAACAACACCCGGAAGAGCCGCUUCUCCAACGGCAACCCGGAGGGGUCCAAGAUCUCCGACAUGAGGUUCAUCAACGAGGAUGACCAGGCCCUCCUCAUGACGGGUUCCUCAGACGGCGUGAUUCGCGUCUAUCACAACUACGACAGCGACACGGACGUGGAACUCGCGUCCUCGUGGCGCGCGCUCACCCACAUGGUCCCCUCCAACGUCAACUCCGGCAUGGUCUUCGACUGGCAACAGGUCAACGGUCAGGUGCUGGUGGCCGGCGACGAGCGAGUCAUACGGAUCUGGAACGCGGGCCACGAGAUGUGCACCCACGAGAUCCCCGCGCGGUCGGGCUCCUGCGUGACGUCGCUGACGUCGGACCAGAUGACGGGCAACAUCUUUGUCGCCGGGUUCGGCGACGGCGCCAUCCGCGUCUUCGACACUCGCCUGCGGCCACAGGAGAGCAUGGUCCGCAAGUGGAAGGACGAGAGCAGACAGUGGGUGCGCUCGGUGCACAUGCAGCGCGGCGGCCAGCGCGAGCUCCUCUCCGCUAGCCGCAACGGCAAGGUCCACCUCUGGGACAUCCGCAUGGACCAGCCCCUGAAGACGUUCCAGACGACCAAGGACGUGCUGCGCACUGCAAGCACCCACGAGCAUCUCCCCGUGUUUGCAAUGUAAGUGGCUUGUCUCUCACCCCGCCCCUUUUUUCCCGUCACCCCUCCCCCAACAGACCGAAGGCUGACCAUGUUACUUCCUUCCGUCUACAGCGGCACCUCCGCCCACCUGGUCAAGAUCUUCGACUUCGACGGGCGCG